AUGUUGUUCACGACCAGCGAUGGAACCGCAGCCCAAGCAUCCGAGGCGCGAAAGCGUCAGCACUACCCUCGUCCGGGACAGUGUCCUUUGACGAACGCAGCUUCGAACUUACCGCCUUACUUAGCCGUGGAAAGCUUUGGCCGCCUUGGAGAUGAGGGUUACGAGUUCAUCAAUGAACUUGCGACACAUGCCGUGGGAGCAAGGGACGGAGGAACGAUGGCUCUGAAAGGAGUCUUCAAGGAACGACUUCUUCAGAUCGUUUCGGUGGCUACACAGGUGGCCAUAUCUCGGCGAGUGCAGAGGUACAAGCUCGCAUCACGCGGGCGUCAAGACGCCGAAAAGAGGCGAACAAGAUCGACCUCGAACAAGUCAACGCCAAUGAUAUGGGGAUGGAGUGAAGACGCAUCGUAGAACGCGUUUUCGUUUGAAGUUGGCGUCUUGUUUGAGAGAAGAUGUGACAGAUUUGCGUAGAAUAGGGUAAGAUGUUAUCAUGAACGGCGAAGAAAGGACUUUUCCAACACGGAGAUCAGAUGUAGCAUGGAUCAAAGCAUUUGUUGGAUUUCAGCUUUUACAAGAGGACAUCAUUAGUAUUUUACCAAGCUUGCGAACGCAUGUAGGAUACCAUGAGGUUUGCCAUUGGUAUUAUUUCAAGCUGAAGAGGAGAUAUUUUUACGAUGGAAGUGACAUAGAAAUAAGUCCUACAUAUGUUGUUGUACUUCGUAUUGGUUUAAUAUUCAUGUAGAGUAUGAGACAUAAAGUGAAAGUUUUCUGAGGUACAUCUGCAAUUGUCGGAAGGCAAAAAAAAAAAAAUGUUUUGACUUUUGUCAGAAUGACCCAACGAAUCCAUCUCUAUCUAUAGAAAAGAUUCUAUGAUUACAUUAUUAUUUUGUUUGCCCUCCGACAAUUGCAGAUAAAUGCAGACAUACAUAAAAAGUCGAUCGUAAAGGCCGUCAUGCCAAGCCAAAUUAACUCGAUGCCCAAUAGCUAGGAAUGUUUGCCUCUAAGUCAACAAAACUUUUGUCGAAACACUACAGCUGAACUCUAGGCACGAACCUUAGAUGGAGAAAAACGAACAAAACCCCAACCUCAUCCACCCGAAAUCAAACAAAACUCGGCCCCGUCUUCCCUGGUACCCCUGACACCGUAUUGAACAGAAAUCCGCUUUCCACCGAAGUGGUUAGGUUAAAGCUGUCGCACGCAUGUUUCGGCGCGCAAAAGUCUGUGCGGCAUUGCUGAUCGAU